GACACAAAGCGCUCAUCCACUUUAGCUCGUCAACAUGCUGCUCACGUUCCUCGAGAAGCUUCCGCUGAGCCAAGGCGGCAAGGUGUUCGUUGGCACGUCUCUCUGCCUGGCCAUCUGCGCGUACCCCGUCAUCCGAAAGCAGCAAAAGGCUGGCCACGACCUCUUCUCGUCCGAGCGACCGCAGGACAUCGUGGAUCAGGAGGUCAAGGCUCGCCGUGAGAAGCUUAACAUCAAGUAGAGCCUUCAGGUCUCAAUGGAUGCAGUCUUGUUCGAAUUCAUUUUUUAUCUGAAACUACUGUAGUCGCUCUGUGGGAUAGAAGGAAGUACACUCAUGUUCCGCAGGUCC